GAUGGGAAAUUAUAUAUCAAGAUAUUGGAGUACUCCUUUACCUCAACCAAUUAUUACUGAUUCGGAAAAUUUAAACGCUUUGGAUUCUAAUUCAAAUGCAUCAAAAUGUUCACAGAACGAACAAGGAUCGCCAGAAAAACUAAAUUCACAAAUAGAAUCUGAUCUGCCUCCAACUUUUGUAACUCCGAAGAUUAAACGGACAAAUUCUAAAAUUUUUGCGGCUUUUGUUCCAGACUCGCCUGAACGUUAUGCUUUUCACAACUUUAACGAAUUAAAAUCGUUUUUGGAUUCUCCAGUUGGGAAAAGAAAAGGAACACGCUUUAAACGGUGCCAAGAUGAAAAUGAUUUUGAUAGUUUUUAUAAUGAACAACUCUCUGCCAGCACUUGCACGGAAGACAACAAUUCAUCUAGCUCUAGUAUAGAACAAGAUUUGCCUUACAAAGAGAUUCCUGCGAGAAGACUGACAGAUUUUAGAGUGGCAAUUGAGAAGGGGGAUCAUGCUAAAUUUGAUGAAUUACUGAGUGAGAGUCCCCGUUUUCUUGUCAAUACUUCUAAUGAUUUGGUUUAG